UCUGUAUGAUUCUUGACAAUUACAGCCGUUCGAUGUUGAUGAUAUUAUUUUGAUUGUUAUAUUACUGCAAAAUUGGAAUACAUUUACAAUGGAUUUUACCAAAUUAAAUGAUGAUGAUUUAUCCAACAAUAGUGACGAUGAUUCAGAAGAUCGUCAUGAUUUUGAAAACGAAGAAAUGGCAGGUGCUCACGACGAAAGUGAUGAUUCGGAUGACGACGAUGAUGAUGAUGAUGAUGAUGAUGAUGAUGAAACCUUCAUUGUUGCCGAAAUAAACAAACUACAAGAUGAGCUUUCACAUAAUCCUUAUGAUUAUGACAAGCAUGUUAAAUUGAUAGAAGCAAUUAGAUUGAUUUCAAUCGAUCAGGAAGAUGGUCAACUAGAUUGUCUACGUUCUGCGAGAGAAAAAAUGAACAAAGUAUAUCCAUUAUCACCGAAACUAUGGAAAGAAUGGAUUCAGGAUGAAAUUUCCAUUUCGAAUACACCGGAACAAUGUAAAAACAUUAUCGAUCUCUACAAUCGUGCUGUCUCAGAGUAUCUUGACUUCGAUCUUUGGAUAGAUUAUGCAAAUUAUGCUAUCAAACAAAAAAACCUACUUGGAAUUGUGGCCAUACACGAUAUUCUGGAUAAAGCUUUAGCUCAAAUUGGCCUACAUGUUACACGUGGUUCUUCCAUUUGGACAUUGUAUAGAAAUUUCGAAAUGUCCUUACUUGAAGAUUUUGGAGAAUUAGAUGAACAAAAACGACAGGAGUUAUUUAAAAAACAGAUGCAUCGGCUAUACGAACUUUAUUGUAGACAAAUUUCAUUACCAUUAGAGGGUAUGGAAGAAGUUCAUCUCGAAUUUCUUGAAUGGCUUCAAGAAGUUGAAAAAACUUUUAAACUAAAUCUCAAACAGAAUGAUUUUUCCAAAAUCGAAACUAUAUAUAAUAAAGCCUUUGAGAAAUAUAAACUAUUGGAAGAAUAUGAGAAUCGAUUGCAGAAUUCCGAACCACCACAUUAUGAACAAUAUGUUAAAUAUUUGGAAUUUGAAAAAUCUAAUGAUGAUCUGGCUCGUACACAAUGCCUUUUUGAGCGUGCUAUCACCGACAAUUGUCUGCAAAUUGAUCUUUGGUUGGAUUAUUUGACAUAUUGCGAUUCCAAGUUUGUUGUCGAAGAAAUUAUAUUACCUAUAUACGAACGUGCGAUCCGAAAUUGUUAUUGGGGUGGUACUAUUUGGAUUCGUUACUUAGAAGCAGCGGAACGUGUUGGCCUACAGAAAUCUCCCAAAGAUUUACAAUCACGACUAACUUUGAUCUUAGAACGAGCAUUGAAAAAUGUUUCAUUCGAUUAUUAUCUGAGUUUAUGGAUGGCAUAUUUGUCUUUUGUUCGAAGAUUGACAAAUAAAAUCGGUUGGAACAACAAUGAAGCUGUUGAAAAUCUUCGCAAUUCCUUUCGAUCAGCCAUCGAUCAAUUAGAGCCAUACAAAGAUGGUGAUUAUUGUUAUGAAAUUUAUAAUCUGUACGCCAAUAUUGAGGCACAUUUUUGUAAAAAUCUAACAAAUAGCCGUACAAUUUGGAAUGAGUUUCUGGAUAAAUCCACUUCAUUAAAAUAUCAAGCAAAUACAUGGCUUGAUUAUGGCCAAUUUGAAUUACUAUAUGGUGACAUUGAACAUGUACGUCAAGUAUUAUUGAAAGGAUUGAAUAUUUGUAAAGAUCUACCAGAAAAGAUUGGAGAAUUGUUAUUAAAAGUAGAACGAACGUAUGGUAAUGAUAUCAAUGUUAUUCAUCAAUUGAAAGUUAAAUAUGAGAAAAUUAUGAAAAAAAUCAAUGAGAAACGUUUACGACAGCAAAAUGAAUCUCAAAAGCAUGUUGAAUAUGGUAACAAAACGAAAGCAACAACAUCAAAACGAAAAGCUGAUAAUAUGGUAAAAGAUGAACAUUCGGUUUAUAAGAAGAAGAAAAUCAACCAACAAAAAGAUGAACCAAUUCGCCAUGGUGUUACUGUCAAAACCGAUGAAUCGAAACGUGAUGAAACAAUUUUCGUCAGUAAUCUAGAUUUUAAUGUUGAUGAAAAAGAAUUGAGGGAGAUUUUCUCGCAAUUUGGUGAAGUUCGCGAUGUUCGAUUGGUUUUAAAUUUCAAAGGCUUAUCGAAAGGUUAUGCGUAUAUUGAAUUUGUCAAUAUAAAUUCGGUACAUAAAGCAUUGAAACAUGAUCGAAUGUUGAUACGACAACGGCCGGCUUUCAUAACCGAGAUGGAUAAACGAAAAAGUUUUCAAUAUGGUCGAAAUAAAGAGGACAAUAAAUUGUUCGUCAAGAAUAUUCCAUUAGAAAUUACUGAAGAAGAACUUUUGGAUAAAGUAUUCUCAGAAUAUCGUGAUUCGAUUGUCACUGCUCGUUUGGUUACACGUCGUGAUGGUCGAUCCAGAGGCAUAGCUUAUAUUGAAAUGAAAGAUUCUAAAACAGCAUCAAAAGUUGUACAAGAAAAAGAUGAAUUCGAAUUGUGUGAUCGUAAAUUGACAGUGGCUAUUAGUGAUCCAACGAAAUCCUUUACUGUCGAUUCUAAGGAUCAAAAUCAAAAAACUACAAUAAAAUCGAUAACAGGUGAAGAAUUUCGAAAGCCUGGACCAACGUCAAUGGUUCCAUAUUCUGUACUUCGAGUGAAAACCAAACCAUCCAAAGUUAAACUUCAAAUUGGAAAUGAACAACAACAACCACCACCACCAUCAUCAUCAUCAUCGAGCCAAGAACAAGAAACUGUUGGAAAAUCUGGCUUGAAUAAUAAUCAAUUUCGUUCAAUGUUUCUUAAAAAAUAAAUACAAAAACAUUGGAAAUAUUUUUAUGAAAAAAAAACUUUAUUUUUCAUUUUCAUAUUUAGAUCAUUGGGGAGAAUUUCCCGAUAACAUUUUUGUCUCUUUAUCGUACACAUCAUAACAUGUAUGCACAAAAACACACAUACUUGUUUUACAACAUAUAAAAUCAAAUAUCUGAUGAUGAAUAUUAAUAAAAAAAAUUUUUUUUAAAUAAUGUUUCAUCGAUCAAUGGUACAUCAUUGUUGUUGUGUAUUUCUGUCGAAUCUUGGAUCAUAUUAUGCAUAGAUAUUCAGUGUGUGUGUGUGUAUUUUUAUUUUUAUUAUAAUAUUAUUAUGUGAUUUAGUUUGUAUAGAAUCCAAUUCGACAUUCUGGAUAAUAAUACAUUUGCGUGAACGUUGAUGAAUAAUGGUAAAAAAGUAAAGAGAAAAAAGAAAGGAAAAUAUAACAAGUAAUAGAAACUCUGUAAGAACACAAAAAAAAAAUCAAUCAAAAUUCGUUUGGAGACGUGUGUGUGUUUAUUUGUUUUCUAUGAAUAAAAUGAUCAAAUAGGAUAAUAAGAAUGAAUUGACAAAAUUCUUGUUCACAACAUGAUUGUAAUUCGAGUGAGUGAUUGAGUGGAUUGGAUGUGAAUAGAUAAUUGUGUGCGAAAUGAUAAUGCGUUAAUUAUGUUUCUACUUUGUUAAGUAAUGAUGUAUAUGAUUAUUAUCAAGUUGAAAUCAAGUUAACUGAGUGUAAAAAUGUGGGCAUUUUUUUUUUUUGGGAAAAAAAACUCAAGUAGUAAGAAAAUGGAAAAAUUCCUAGAUCGAUAAAGGAAAAUGAAGUGAAUAUUUCUAUUUUACUUCUAACAGAAUAUUUUUAAUGUUUUACAAUGAUAAAUUCAUCAAGUUAGCAUUAGAGAGUGAGAGUUAGAAUGAAGGGAAAAAAGAGAAUGAGAGAUUCAUCACAGUGAUUUGUUGCUGAAGAAAAUUGGAAAAAAAAUCUAAUUGUAAUGAUAAUAAAUGAAAAUUUAAUCAUAAAAAAAUAUAAUAUUAGUUAGAUCGAAGAAUGAAAAAGCAUGAUCAGUGAUAUGAAAUGUUUAUUUAUCAUCAUUAUCAUCAUCAUUUAAAUCAGGAACCAAAAAAAAAAAAAAAAAAUGUUUGAAUUAAGUAAGUCAGCAUUGAGAAGAAUGAUUUCAAAAAGAUCAAAAA